CUUUGAUAUGUAGCCUUAGUAAUGCCGUCCGAGAUACUGUGUUUUAUGUGCACGUAAAAAGGAGUUUGGUAAGCCGCAGUAUUUCUUUCAUCAGUGUUUAACUAAAGAAAGGAUUAAUACAAGCAAAAAGGGGUCAGAAUUAAAGGCUAACAGUGAAAACAGUGAAAAAUCAUAAUGCCUGUAACUGAAGGGGCCCAGUAUGGCUUGCCGCCACCUACUGGGUUGUAUGAUCCGAGGUUUGAGUCAGAUGCCUGUGGUGUUGGUUAUGUUGUCAGCAUUGAUGGAAUAAGAUCACACAAGAUACUGCGCGACUCGGAAAUUAUGUUACGCAGAAUGGAGCAUCGUGGGGCUUGUGGCUGUGACAAUGACAGCGGCGAUGGUGCUGGUGUUGUGACAGGAAUCCCGCACAAACUUUACGCAAACAUUAUGAGUGCACAAGGUGUGAGCCUGCCAGGAGAGGGAAAGUAUGCCACAGGAAUGAUUUUCAUAGACAAAACCGACCAGAAUGAAAUACAGGAACUAUUCACUGGCAUGGCAACCCAGUUUGGUUUACAGAUUUUGGGCUGGAGGAUUGUAGAUGUUGAUGACAGUUACUGCGGGAGAGUUGCUAAAUCACAGGAACCACUCAUACUGCAGGUGUUUGUAACAGGUGGUGAUGACUUGGAAGAAUUUAAAAGACAGGUUUAUUGUUUAAGGAAGUUUUCCACUCAUAGGAUACCAGAAAAAGGCCUCCGCUACUAUAUAUGCAGCUUAUCAACUGAAACUAUCGUGUACAAGGGUCAGUUGAAUACUGCUCAACUUUGGGGAUACUUUAAGGACCUCAGUGAUCCUGAUUAUGAGACCCACUUAUCCCUUAUUCAUAGCAGGUUCUCAACCAAUACGUUCCCGAGCUGGGAAAGGGCUCACCCCCAAAGGUAUCUGGCCCAUAAUGGUGAAAUUAACACACUUCGGGGUAAUGUCAACCUCAUGGCUGCCAGAGAGGGAGUCAUGCAUAGCAAGGUGUUUGGGGAACAUCUUAAACAGCUGUACCCAGUUGUGGAGUCCGGAAUGUCGGACUCUGGCAGUGUGGACAACGUGCUGGAGUUUCUAUGCAUGGCUGGUGGACGGGAGUUACCGGAAGCUAUCAUGACGAUGGUACCGGAAGCUUGGCAGAAUGACCAGACCAUGUCUGCAGAGAAAAAGGCUUACUAUCGCUGGGGUGCUUUUGCUAUGGAACCCUGGGAUGGACCUGCGCUUCUUACAUUCACUGAUGGGAGAUACAUUGGAGCCAUUUUGGAUCGUAAUGGGCUACGACCUUCAAGAUUUUACGUUACCAAGGACAACCAUAUGUAUAUGUCUAGUGAAGUUGGUGUCACUGACUGCAAAAACUCUGACGUCAUUCAGAAGGGCAGAUUGAAGCCAGGUCGUAUGUUGCUGGUAGAUACCCACAGGAAAAUAUUUCAGAAAGACGCAGAUAUAAAGUCCCACCUUGCCAAUCUCAGACCUGUUGGAACUUGGCUGCAAGAGACAUUGUCAAUGGCUGAGUUACGACUGCAUUAUGAUCCAAGCAAGCGACGUAAACGCUCUGUUGAUCGUGCGCAUGUCAUGCAUGGCAGUUGUCUAGAGGAAGAUCGGAGAUUGCCAAUGUUUGGGUGGACCAUAGAGGCCCUCAAUAUGCUGGUGUUACCAAUGAUAAGAGACAAGAAAGAAGCACUUGGAUCUAUGGGAAAUGAUGCUCCAUUUGCUUGCCUGUCAAGGUAUAACCCAUUGGUGUUUGAUUACUUCAAACAGUUGUUUGCGCAGGUCACCAACCCACCAAUAGAUCCAUUCAGAGAGAAGAUAGUCAUGUCUCUGGCAUGUCCUAUUGGACCUGAGGCCAACAUACUCGAGCCAAGUGCUGAGCAGUGCAGGAGAUUGUGGUUAGAGCAACCUAUACUUUCCCUAUCUGACUGUGAAGUCCUCAAAUAUAUUGACUUCAAGGGAUGGAAGUCAAAGAUCAUAGACAUGGUAUAUCCAGUGAAUCUUGGACCGUGUGGUCUGUUGAGGACCCUGCACAAUCUGUGUGAGCAGUCGGAACAGGCUGCUGAACAGGGGUACCAGCUUAUCAUCCUGUCGGACAGAGGCGCAGGCAAAAACUUUGUUCCUGUCAGUUCCCUGUUAGCUGUGGGUGCUGUACAUCACCAUCUGAUCAAGAAGAAACUGAGGUUGAAAAUCGGUCUGAUUGUUGAGUCAGGAGAACCAAGAGAAGUCCACCACAUGUGUACACUGAUGGGUUAUGGAGCAGAUGCAAUCUGUCCAUAUUUGGUGUUUGAGACGAUAGCUAGACUGAGGCAGCAGAAACUGUUAGACCCACCCCUGCCUGAUGAGGAGAUUUUCAUGAACUACCGUGCAGCCUGUGCCAGAGGUAUCUCAAAGGUUAUGGCCAAAAUGGGAAUCUCUACGCUCCAUAGUUACAAGGGAGCCCAGAUCUUUGAGGCAGUAGGUUUGAGCCGAGAGGUGAUGGAUCUUUGUUUUUCCGGAUCAGCAUCCAGGAUAGGGGGUGUGACAUUUGCACAUCUUGGAGAAGAGAGAUUUGAUCGUCACUGGUUGGCUUAUUCCGAGAGGGAGUGUGAUAGUAUGUUGGUGAUGAACCCGGGCAAUCUACACUGGAGGGAUGGAGGAGAGAAACAUGUGAAUGAACCUCUCUCUGUUGCUAAUCUUCAGAAUGCAGCUCGGAGCAACAGCAAAGACACCUAUGCCAAGUUUUCUGAGAUGGCUCAUGAAGGGAACAGAAACUGUACACUUAGAGGUCAGAUAGAGUUCAGGUAUGCUGAUAAACCAUUGGACCUGUCCGAGGUGGAGGAAGCGGCCUCUAUUGUGAAGAGGUUCUGUACAGGGGCUAUGAGUUUUGGCAGUAUUUCUAUAGAAGCACACACUACACUAGCGAUAGCAAUGAAUCGUAUUGGGGCCAAGUCUAACACAGGAGAGGGUGGGGAGAAUGCAGAGAGGUACAUGAACGAGGAUCCACAGUUCAAUAAGAGGUCCAAAAUCAAACAGGUAGCAUCAGGAAGAUUUGGGGUGACAAGCUCUUACCUGAGCCAUGCUGAUGAGUUACAGAUUAAAAUGGCACAAGGUGCAAAACCAGGGGAAGGUGGUGAACUGCCUGGACAUAAGGUAUCUAAGGACAUAGCAAAGACAAGGCAUUCCAUACCUGGUGUAGGAUUGAUAAGCCCUCCACCCCACCAUGACAUUUACUCUAUAGAAGAUCUCGCUGAGUUGAUCUAUGAUCUGAAGUCUGCCAAUCCUGAUGCCAGGAUCAGUGUGAAGUUGGUAUCUGAAGUUGGUGUUGGUGUUGUUGCUUCUGGUGUUGCCAAGGGUAAAGCAGAACAUAUAGUGAUCUCUGGUCAUGAUGGUGGUACUGGGGCCAGUAGCUGGACAGGGAUCAAAGGGGCUGGAUUACCAUGGGAGCUUGGAAUAUCUGAGACACAUCAGGUGCUCACCUUGAAUGAUCUGAGGUCCAGGGUUGUCCUGCAGGCUGACGGACAGAUUAGAUGUGGUCGAGAUGUAGUGAUUGCUGCAAUGCUGGGAGCAGAUGAGUUUGGGUUUAGUACGGCACCACUGAUUGCCCUUGGGUGUACAAUGAUGAGAAAAUGCCAUCUUAAUACAUGUCCUGUAGGCAUAGCUACUCAGGAUCCUGUACUGAGAGCCAAAUUUGCUGGGAAACCAGAGCAUGUGAUCAACUACUUGUUCCUGUUAGCUGAAGAGGCUAGGGAAUUUAUGGCAAAAAUGGGCUUCCGCAGAUUCCAGGAUUUGAUUGGUAGGACUGACAGGCUGAAAUUUGCACCAAACCCAAACAACCCUAAGGCAAAACUGCUGGAUUUCUCAGCAAUCCUAAAGAAUGCUCUAGACCUGAGACCAGAUACAAACAUUGUUGGAGGAAGUGUGCGACAAGAUUUCCAGCUAGAGAAGAAAUUGGACUAUGAACUUAUAAAGAAAGCCCAAGAUGUGAUAGAUGGAAAGCAGAAACAAGUUGUUAUAGACAUGAAAGUUACCAAUGAAGACAGGACAUUUGCCUCUACUCUCAGCUACUAUAUCUCCAAGAAGUAUGCAGAGGAAGGUUUACCUGAGAGGAGUAUUAUCAUCAAUCUGAAGGGGUCAGGAGGUCAGAGCUUCUGUGCAUUUAUGGCUAAGGGAGUUCAUGUCACCCUGGAAGGCGAUGCUAAUGACUAUGUUGGAAAGGGGUUAUCUGGAGGAGAGAUAGUGAUAUUCCCACCAAAGGACAUGCCGGCUGAGUUCAGAUCAGAUGAAAACAUUAUAGUAGGCAAUGUUGUUCUGUAUGGGGCGACAUCAGGCAAGGCAUUCUUCAGGGGUCAGACUGCCGAGAGGUUCUGUGUUAGAAACUCUGGCGUCUAUGCCAUCAGUGAGGGUUGUGGAGAUCAUGGUUGUGAGUACAUGACGGGUGGGCGUGUUGUGGUGCUCGGCAGGACUGGACGUAACUUUGCUGCUGGCAUGUCCGGAGGAUUGGCUUACGUAUAUGACACAUCGAACGAAUUUGCUGACAAAUGUAACCAGGAGACUGUAGCAUUGGAGAGCCUAGAGUUGUCCGAGGAUAUUGGUGUUGUACAGGAUAUACUGAGAGAGUUUGUUGAGAAAACUGAUUCUGUCAUAGCACAACAUAUACUUGAUAAUUGGCAAGAAGAGAGGAAAUACUUUGUCAAGGUAUUCCCACAUGAGUAUAGGAGAGUGUUGGAGGAACAAGCUAGGGAGGCUGAGGCUGUUAGACCAGAGACACCGGUCGUCACACCAGCAGACACAAAGGCAAUUCCAAAUGGUCCUGGCUUUGGAGAAGCAACUGGAGCAGCAAAUGAAGAAGAGUCUGACAAUGAGAAAGAAGACUUUAUUGAGGAGAUUAUAAACCCUAUAGGUGAUGAAGAUCCUAACAGAAAGGAGAGUCUUUUUGCUGAAGAGGUUGCUAUAGAAGAGGAAGAUGAAGGGACAUCAUCUGAGGAAGAAAAGGUGAAAACUGAUGUUCAUAAUGAAACUGAGAAGCCCAAGAAGAAAGAUGAACCUAAAGUGGUAGAUAUAGAGGAAACUGUUGCUGAUCUUGCUUUGGAACAGAAGAAGCUUGAUAAACUCAGAGGUUUUGUGAAGUACCAGCGAGCCACAUACCAGUACCGAGAUGCCACUGUACGUCAGAAAGACUGGAAAGAGAUCUACAAUCACCGGCAAGUGAAGGAUGGGCUGAAGGUACAAGCUGCCAGGUGUAUGGACUGUGGGGUCCCUUUCUGCCAAUCUGACCAUGGAUGUCCUCUCGGAAACAUCAUACCUAAAUGGAAUGAUCUGGUUUUCAGGGGUAACUGGAAGGAAGCACUAGCCCAGCUGCUGCAGACCAACAAUUUCCCGGAGUUUACAGGACGUGUUUGUCCAGCUCCAUGUGAGGGUGCAUGUGUACUAGGUAUCAAUGCUCCAGCAGUAACCAUAAAGAAUAUAGAGAACACCAUCAUUGACUAUGCAUUUGAACAAGGCUGGAUUGUGCCACAGGUACCCUCAGUGAGGACUGGCAAAAAGAUCGCAGUUGUUGGAAGUGGACCUGCAGGAAUGGCUGCAGCAGAACAACUGAAUAAGGCUGGUCAUUUAGUGACUGUAUAUGAAAGAAAUGACCGGAUUGGCGGACUGCUGAGAUAUGGUAUUCCAUCAAUGAAACUGUCAAAGGAGGUUGUAGAUCGUCGUGUAAAACUGAUGGAAGAUGAGGGUGUAACAUUUGUUAGUGGAGUAGAGAUUGGUAAAGACAAGCUGGGUUCUGAGCUAGCUAAAGAGUAUGAUGCUAUGCUGCUGUCUAUGGGUGCUGCAUGGCCGAGAGACUUGCCAAUUCCUGGGAGACAGUUGGAAGGAAUCCACUUUGCAAUGACAUUCCUGGAAACCUGGCAGAAAGUACAGCAGGGUAACCAGUUAGAAUACCUGAAAUUGUACGCCAAAGAUAAGGACGUGGUCGUUAUAGGAGGUGGUGACACUGGCUGUGACUGUAUAGCUACCUCACUUAGACAUGGAGCAAAAUCAAUUACAUCAUUUGAGAUUCUACCUACACCACCAAAGACACGAGGCCCAGGCAACCCAUGGCCAACAUUCCCACGUGUGUUUAAGAUGGAUUAUGGGCAUGAGGAAGUAGAAAUUAAAUAUGGACGAGACCCUAGAAUCUUCAAUAUAGCAAGCAGGGAAUUUUUGGAUGAUGGGAAAGGUCAUGUAUGUGGCAUCAAGACCUAUAUGGUAGAGUGGGUGAAGAAUGAGGCUGGUCGCUGGGAUAUGAAGGAGAUACCAGGCUCUGAGAAGGUUUUCAAGGCUGACCUGGUAUUGCUGGCUAUGGGUUUCCUUGGACCAGAGAAGAAGGUGAUUGAAGAAAUGUCCAUGAAAACAGACCCAAGAGGAAAUAUACAAACACCAGAACACAAGUACUCCACCAGUGUACCUCAUGUUUAUGCAGCUGGAGAUUGUAGAAGGGGCCAAUCUUUAGUAGUUUGGGCAAUUUCUGAGGGUCGUCAGGCAGCAAGACAGAUUGACCUUGACCUUAUGGGUAAGACAGCCCUUGCUGGACCUGGUGGAAUAGUUUACCAGCCAGAACUGUAAACAAAGGAAGGAAGAAUAUAUUUGAUUUGAGGGAGAAAUGCUAUCAAGAGGGAGAUAUCAAAGAGGGUAUAUUUUACUAUAGACAGAACUGCUGUCAAGAGGGAGGCGUACUUUACCAAGAAUCACAGCAUCUCCGAACCUGCUGUUACAUUCUCCAAAUAUGUGUUAAACAUUCUUUUAAUUGAGCUGAGACUGUCCCUAUUGUGUGCCUGGGAGAUUUGGAUGGAGGACGUCUGACAGUUAUGCAUAAAAUAUGUGUGUGUACUCCACAUGAAUAUUUUCAUUGUAGAUUAAUUAAGUGUAAUAACAAGUUGAGUGAAAACAGUCCUUUUCUUUCUGGCCAUGAAUUCUAAAAAAAUUAAGUGGCAAGGUAAUGCACAAAAUUCUAAAUUCUAGACUUAUCAAGGGUUUCGAGCAAUCCAAAUAAAAAAAAAUUGGGGUAAACUGCCGGGGAUUGCAAGGGUUGAUUAGAACAGUGCUCAGGCUUGUGAUAUGUAACUGUAUCUGUUUAAUUUGGAUGGUGCCAUGUCACUAAGUAACACUGUUGUUGGAAGUCUUGUUUUGUUUGUCUCUUUGUUAGAAAAUCCACAUGUGUUAAUUCCUUGUUGUGAUACUGCUUGUUGAAAACUAUUUUCUUAUUUUCUUUGAUAAUUUAUAAAAAAGAAAUAUUUUCUGUUGACAGAGUUUAUCCACCUUUGAAACACGUUUUAAAGAUACCGUAUUUUCCCGUAUUAACGCCCCCGGGGGCGUUACAUUUUCCAAAGAGGGGGCGUUUAUUUGGGGUAAAAAAAUAAAAAAUGAAAAUUUUUACAAAACUUAAAAACAUCGUUCAAACUAGCUGUAAAGUGUUUCUGUGUUGUUUAAUCCCCCUAAAACGUAAUUAUUUGGCAUCCAAUUUAAUGCAGUGUGUCUUUUAUGCAUUUAAAUACGGUACCUCGUGUAUUCCAUGUCUGGCUUUUUGACACGCUCGCGACACUACACAUUACGUCAUGACCCAAACAGCUGUGUACUCCGAUAACAUUUUCCUUAGUACAUGCGGGUAGCUAAUAGUGCAAUACACAAUGUCAAUGGUUUGACACGCUGCUGUGCCUGCUUUUAAAUUAAAAAGUUCUUAAAACUGCCGAAGAAAAGGGUAUAUCGUAAACACAUUGCUGCAAGUUUGUUUAAAGUCGGCAGGAAGCGUGUGCGCGAGUGGUGUAAAAACAAAUCAAAAAUGUAUUUACCGUUUAAUUUUCUGUUACGUACCGUACUUAGUGCAAAUGUUUUGGACUUACGGUACAUGGACUGUUUAAAAGUGUGUUUAAUUUUUAAUAUAUUGGACUUUAGUACUGUAAAUUACUUAUUAUGUGGACUCAUAAAAAUGAGGUAGGUGAUUUUUUCCCGUUCUUGUUGACUUUUUUCCCCUCCAAAAUGGGUGGGGGGCGUUAAUUAGAGGGGGGGCCUUAAUUCGGGAAAAUACGGUAGCCUAUAUAUUUAAUUUUAUAUAUCUGUAAGAUAUAAAACACAUUGUUUUUCAUCAUUUAAUUCAUGAGCUGCUUUGAUUGGCUGAGAACAUAACAUAUCUUUGUGUAAAAUAGGUUUAAUCUUGAAUGUUACAAAAUUGUUUCAAACGUCAAAUUUAAAUUUUAUAGGGGUAUGUAUUUUUUAAGAAUAUUAAAAUGAGUACCACUCACCAGUGCAGUUGACAUGAAUAUUGUCAACCCACAGCUUUGCCACAGGCGAUAUUUUGUUUCUUGACAGUAAUCAUGUCAUCCUCACGGUGCUUACUAUUAUUUAUUUGAAUUUUGUAUUCAGGUGAUCAAUGCUUCUACCUUCUUGCUCUGCUUUAAUGCUGUUAAUGAAAAUGGUUAAAGUCUUUUGUAGCAAGAAAUAUCCACAUGUUCUGUGAAAUAGAUAUUGUACAAGGGUAUGAGUGCAGUUUUACUCUCGUGAAAAAUUAGCAUAUACUUCUCUAUUAAGAACUAGCUAAGCGUCUUUAAACGAGGUAUUUACACUGAAUGAAUGAUAAAUUAAUAACAUCACCAAAAAUUACAUGACAGUGUGGGUGUAAAAUUUUACCCAUCAGAAGUGUGAGAUACUGACCUCUUGUCCUAUUGUAAAAUCAUUUUGAAUUUUACUGAGUCCAAAGACCUUGCACUUAUUGUUUACGAGAGUUGACAUAUGUUGUAAAAAAAGAUAAGUUUCACAUCAAGAACUUUCCCCUCAUUUUUUGGCCAGAAUAAUAUUUCUCUCCCUAUGCCAUGCAAUAUUUAUUCUGCAGUGUUUGUGCAUAUUUCUUCAUACAAAUCUGUUAACAUAUAAUGGUGGUUGCCAUGUAGAAGUAUAUAGGAUACACAUAAUUAUGCUUUGUUGUAGCUUAUUGUUGCUGGUGCAUUGUUAACAUAUCAUGUUAAAGAUCGUUGGCAUAUUUAUGAUGAUAAUUUAACAUAUAAAUAGGCUUUAUAUGUUGUAAUUUGUGGUGCAUUAUGUUAUUGCUAUAUAAUCAGAUGUUUGUUAUUUCUGUGUUACUCACACUGUAAGUGUUAUAUUGUUAAUCAUACAUAUCUAUAUUUCACUGAACAAAAUUUUACUAUUGAGAUGAUAUUGAGAUUUUGUAUUUGCAAUUGGUAUAGACUGGAAAACUGACCUUUAUGAAAAUUGUCGCAUAAAAACAUGCAUAUAUUUUAUGUAAAUUACAAAGUUGACAUUCAUGAAAAUUAAAAAAAAAAAACGUGCAUAUAUUAUUUGUAAAAUUACAAACUUUCUGGCUCAGAUUCUCAAAAAAUACUGUGGGCAAGAAAAUUUGUCUGUUGUUUGUAUUUGAAUAGACAGGGUAAAAAGAUUAAAAAGUAUUUCAUUAGUAUAACCAGCAAAUUUUCCAAAAUGACUCAUUGCAUGUAAAAGUUUUGUCAUAUUGUUUGGUUAUGUGAUUCAAUGAAAACAAGUGUCACUUGAAAAACGUUUGCUUCACAUAGAUUGACAGCAAUGCAGCUUUAGUUUUGUAGGUGUUUUUUUUUUUUAAGACUGAAGAUUUAAAAUUGAUGUAUGAAAUAUAUGAACAGAGCCAUGUGCUGUUUGUUGCCGUGUAUUUUUAUUUUUUGGUAUUCCACUUAGUAUGCCUGGUAUGGCAAUUAUUUUUGUGCAUUUAGUUUCACUUUUCUGUUGUUAAAUGGUGCUUAGUAUCCAUAGGUUAUUUAAAUUUCAGAUUUUUGUAUUUUUCAACUUUUAGCAAAUUUUUGUUUUUUGUUUGAAAUGAUUUUAUUUCUUUUGUAUAUAAAGAAAAUAGCAUAAUUAUAGAAUCUCAUAUUUACCAGUAGUCUAGGUUUCUUCAUUUGUGAUUUCUUCUUUUUUUCUCAUUUCAUUAUUGAGAGAAAUGAACAAAUAUCUUUAGUCCCCCCCCCCCCCCCCCCCCCAAUCCCACCACCACCACAUCUGUUAGUCAAACUGUCCAGUCACAUAAAAUGAGAUGCUGCUUUAACGUUUUAGGUGUUUUGAAACUUGGUACAUGGAUAAUAAAUAUGUAUCUUUUUAUUUAGUUGCAAUAUCGAAAAAUUUGCUGUGGCAAUUAAUAGUCCUAAAAUUAUGACAACAGAAGUGGCAAGAACACUUUAAUACAAAGGGUAGAUGGCAACAUAAGAAAUACGCAUGUCCUUUUUAUUUUGUUGCUGUAUCAACAAAAAGUCAAAAAUUAUGACAAAAGUAGGACCUGCAGUAAUUUCCAGUUUAAAAAUAUGUACCCAUGGCAGCAGAUAGCUGGCCUUUGCAGUAGGGGACUUUUAUUGCUGGGCAAUAUAGUCUUGUUCACCAGUAUUUAAUUAACUUUAAAAGUCAAAAGGGUAAAUAAUAUUUAUAUGAUGUAUGUAGAGUUAAUCUACUGUUCUGGAUGCAGACUAUAUUGCCAUUAUGCAAUAAUAGAUUUUUCAAACAUCCUAUUUUUAAAGGUGUUGUGUGUUUUCUUGGAUGCAGAAAGUUUUUCACCAAAACAACCAUUUUAGAUGGUGGACCCAUAAUUUUCAGAAAAUUCCUUUCAGUGAAGAAUUAUCUAUGAUUAAAUCAUUUUCCCGCUGGUACAGAAAAACCAUGUUCUCCAUUAAUGACCAAAGAGUGCCAUAUUAGCAAACAAGAAUGCAUGGUCAUACAGAACUUGCCAGUUGACACCUUAAAUAGGGUUGGAGAAAGGUUAGAUAUAUAUGUUACAGUAUGUUUUUUUUUGGUACUUUAUACUUUAGUUAUGUGUUUCUAUCCUGUUGUGCAGAUACUGUAUUUCUUUCUACGCAUACUUAUAUAACUUGCAAGUAAGGAUGAUAAACUAAGUUUUAAGGUUAUAAAGCGGAGAUUGAAAACCAGUUUCAAAACUCUAGCAUCUGAUUGGUUGAUUUGGAGCCAAUUCUUUAAACUGACCAAUGGGAAGGAUGCUGAUGCUGGUCUCCAUACUAGGUUUUAUAUUAACUUUAGAACUUGUAUUUAUGCUUGAUGGAAUAUUUUCUAAGCUACAGAAGAAUUUUCUCUUAAACGUUUGUGUUACGUUCAGCAUUUCAUUUUGUAGUACAGCAUUUAGAUUUAGAUACAUUUUGUUGACAUUUGAACAGUUUAUUUCUUUAACUCAAGAUAAAAAGUUGUUUUUAUUACAUGUUUUUGAUUUAACUACCAACAGGAUAUAUAUGAUUAUGCCCCUAACAAAUUGUUCUCUUAUGUUCCCCGUGACUAUUUGAUAAAAGACAUUGUGUCUGAAAUCAUUAGUCCUCCACCUCUGAUUCAUGUGGGGAAGUUGGCAGUUACUUGCGGAGAACAGGUCUGUACUGGUGCAGAAGCCAGGAACACUGGUUAGGUUAACUGCCCGCCGUUACAUGACUGAAAUACUGUUGAAAAAAACGGCAUUAAACCCAAAACAAACAAACUUGUAGAAACUUUAUUUUCAUGCACAGCCAGACAUACAGUCAAGUAAUUAUUUUAAAAAUGCUUAGUUUUAAUCUAUGCAAAGCAAUUUGAAAUAUCAUCCUUGAAGUAAAAUAGUCUCUUUUGUGGUACAUGUUUGUAUGUGUAGUAUCAUCCGUGUUUUGCAAAUUACAAGAACUUUCAUAUUUAUGUAUUUGAAAAUAAAUAAAUAAAUUUUACACUCGAGAUGAUAAUAAACUUUUUUAAGGAAGUGCAUCCAUAAUGACAAUUGGAAAUUUCUGUUUUGUUGCACAUUCUCCGUAUUAGAUUUAGGCAUUGCCAUCAUGGUAUGGACAUAUCCAUGUGGAGCUACACAAAUGGCAGAAGAAUGCAGAAAUGAGAUGCAAGAAUAUAUAGAUAGAGGAUUUUACAUGAGUGUCUUUUCAUAUUGAAUUUAUUAAACUAGUUGAAUAAAAUGCGAGGCUCUGCCGAGCGUUUUAUUAAUUUUAUUCAACAAGUUUAAUAAAUUCUGUGUGGAAAGUCACAAAUGUAAUAUUCUUUUUAUCACAUGUUAUCCUUUCAUGUCGAAACAUUAACAAAUAUACUUUCUUUUACUAUAUAAACAAGUCAACUUGACCAACAUCUCCUAUACCAUAAACAACGUCGACGUCGAAGUUUUAUUACACUAGUGAAUUAUCAUUUUUAUGUAAUGGCUUUAUUACACUCGCGCGAAGUCGAACGGGAUAAAUAAGGUUUAGUGUAAGAUACGACAGUGUUGGUUGGAUAAAUGUAUAAAAAUUGCUGAUAAAUAUUAUGGAUGCACUACCUUAAGAUGUUUUUAGCAGAUGGAAAGUCAUAAAGCAAGCUCAGAAUGUUUACUUUUAUGAAUUAUUUCUUGGUAAAGAUACACAAAGCAAUUGAUUUGCAAAUUUCCUCUACAACAAAUGAGGGCAUUCACUUUUUUACGAGUAUUUAUUCACACUUAAUAUGGAAAGAAUUGUCAGCGUCUGUGUCCAGUAUACACAGUCAGCACUUUAUGAGAAAAUAAAUC